AUGGAUUUGGAAGACGAUACCCAGGCCAUGCCCUUAAACAGACCUCUCUCCCCCCGGCCAUCGAGAGCAGUGUCGAUAGAUCCAAACCAGCUAGCCACCCGUCCUUACAAUGCGAGGUCGAGUCUUGUUGAUCAAGACAAUGAUUACAAUUUCUCCGCUCCUCAACCUGUUCCGAUAGAUCCUCUUCGUUCAUCCAGAAAUCGCCAUAGUGUGUCACAACCGCGCCCAAAACGUCUCUCUACCUCCAGUAAGACGGGAAUGCCCUUGAGCAUCUUGCCAUCCGCGCCUGCCUCUCCACCGACUCCUGCUCCCUCUCCGACUCCAUAUCAAAGAGCCCCAAGUUGGAGUUGUGCCGGUGAAAAUGAGGAUUCCUUCUUAAGAGAUGCAAGAGGUCAUUUUUCACAUUUGAAUGGUGCCGAGCGAGAGCGCUAUCUGGCCGAAUUGCUUAAUAUGUGCGACAGCCAGUUGUUGAGUUUCGUCCAUCAUUUUGUCUCGCCCAGGCUGAAGAAAGACCCGUUUGAGCACUUGCCCGAUGAAUUGUGCUUAAGAGUUUUAUCUUAUAUUGACGACCCGCUCAGCCUUGCCCGCGCGUCUCAAGUUUCACAUCGUUGGCAUAAACUGGUGAAUGACGAUAUGCUUUGGAAGAUAAUGUGCGAUAAGCACGCAUGGCGAAAAUCCUCCAAUGCUUCAAGCGACGAGAUCGAGUCUAUGUCUCUGCCACAAGCAGUCCAGGGGCCCUACAGCUACAAUCAACCCUCCAAGCGGAAUCUUGAUGGUUCGGCCGUUGGUCCUUCAAAUAGCGCCCCGAAUCUGUCCUUGUCAAAGCAAGAUCAAUUAUCCUCGAGUCCACGAGCACGGAAACGACAAUCACAGUCCCAUUAUUCGCAUUUCAGACACAAAUAUAUGAUCGAGGCUGCGUGGAGGAAGGGCGGUGAGAGUAUAAUCAAGCACAUCACCCCAGAUCAAGGGGUCGUCACAAGUCUGCACCUGACCGACAAAUAUAUCGUCGUGGCCAUGGACAACGCUAAGAUCCACGUAUUUAACACCGUUGGCGAACACCAGAAGACAUUGAAGGGUCAUGUAAUGGGUGUUUGGGCCAUGGUCCCAUGGGAUGACAUCCUUGUAAGUGGUGGCUGUGAUCGAGAUGUCAGGGUGUGGGACAUGGCAUCGGGGAAAAGUCUCCAUACGCUGAGAGGGCAUACCUCCACAGUCAGGUGUCUCAAAAUGUCUGAUGCCAAUACAGCAAUUUCAGGAUCCAGAGACACCACUCUUCGAAUUUGGGAUCUACCGACAGGGAUGUGUAAGAACGUGCUUGUUGGUCAUCAAGCUAGUGUGCGUUGCUUGGCAGUUUAUGGAGAUCUCGUUGUCUCUGGAAGCUACGAUACUACGGCCCGAAUAUGGAGCAUUUCUGAGGGCCGCUGUCUGCGCACGCUGACGGGUCAUUUCAGUCAGAUUUACGCCAUCGCAUUUGAUGGCCUCAGGAUUGCGACAGGGAGUCUAGACACGAGCGUGAGAAUUUGGGACCCAAAGUCGGGCACGUGCACCGCCAUACUACAGGGGCAUACUUCGCUUGUUGGUCAACUACAAAUGCGGGGAGACACUUUGGUAACAGGUGGUUCAGACGGCUCAGUUCGUGUGUGGUCAUUACAGAGCAACACACCCAUUCACCGUCUAGCAGCACAUGAUAAUAGUGUUACAAGUUUGCAAUUUGAUGAGAAUCGAAUAGUCAGCGGUGGGAGUGAUGGUCGUGUCAAGAUCUGGAGCGUCGAAACUGGUCAACUGGUGCGGGAAUUGAGUCAACCUGCUGAGGCUGUCUGGAGGGUGGCUUUCGAAGAAGAGAAGGCUGUUAUCAUGGCUAGCCGAUCGAACCGGACGGUCAUGGAGGUAUGGUCGUUUUCGCCGCCUGAUGAGCACAUUGAGCGAAGAUCGGAAAGCCCUCUCAGUCUACCUGAACAAAUACCUCUUCACGAAGACGACGAGAUGCGCCACGUGCCAACAGAUCUUCAUAUCGGCGAUGGAGAUGCUGCUAUGAGUGAUGUAUAA